GAUGAGUCGACUUUCUGAUCUACAACAAUGCAUGUCGGAAUCAUGACACCAGUCUGCUUCUACUCAAUAUGUUGUGGUGGAGGGGUACACAAAACGACGAGGGGAAGAACCCCUCCCAGGGACAAAGGAACCUUAAAGCACCGAGUGUAACCAACAUGUGGGGUUGAAUCCCCGAAGAUCACGACAAGAACUGUUUAAGACCAGGUGUCGAGACACAAUGGGCUAUCUACCAUACUAGGUCGGACUAUUAGUGUCCUGACCAACAGACAUGGGGGGUUAGUGCACAGCCUUGUACUAACUACUAACCAGCAAGGCUCAACACAGACCACAUACAAGACAUCCAUGCGAAACCAACAACCACCACCACAGCCACCACCACCAACAUGUACCCCCCCUCGCUAUCCGAGUCUCAAGGCCUAUGGCUCGCCUCGCAAAUCCAAGACUGGGAGCUCAACCACGGCACCAUGCUAAAGCGCAUCCACACGCAAACAGCACACAACGUGCUUUGUUAUCCCGUCGCCGCGACGAUGUUCCCCACGCUGUUCCCGCGAGUCCAGUUCGACCGGGCCCGGGAGCUGCAGAGCAUCUACAACGAACUGUACUGUGUCCUCGCGACAGAAGAGCAGUGGAUAUACGAUAACAUCAAAGACCUGUUCCCCGUUGAUCCCUUCGCCGCAGCCCUGUGGGAGAUCCACGAGAAAGUCAAGGCAAAUGGGGGAUACGUGCAAGAUAUCUCGGCUGGGAUCUUUCGCUCGGACUACAUGCUGCAGGGCGAGGGGGUGGAGAUGGGCGGGGAUGAGAGCUUCGAUCCCAGAUCGGAUCUCGAGCUGAAACAAGUUGAGUUCAAUACCAUCGCGUGUGCUGGGGGGUGUCACGCGAACAAAGUGGUCGAUAUGCAUCGACAUCUUGCCCGGACAGGCGCGUACAAUUCCCUAACUGACGAUAACCUCAUCAAUCUGCCUGUCCUCCCCCCCAACAACAACAUCCACUCCCUAGCUACAUCCCUAGCACAAGCCCAUGAGGUCUACGGCCCGCCCAAGAGCAAUACAACAGAAACAGCUAUCCUCUUCGUCGUGCAACCCAACAACUUCAACGUAGCCGACGAACGACCCAUCGAAUACGCGCUCUGGGACAGCAACAUCCCCGCCUACCGAGUGGAAUGGGGCAACGACGUACUCAAACACACCUCCCUAAGCGCCACCAAGGAACUCCUCUUCCACCCCCCCUGGCAAACAUCCGCCAAACCAGUCGAAAUCUCCGUAAUCUACUACCGCGCCGGCCACGAGCCCCACGAAUACGACCAGACGGGCCAAGACCUCCGAUUCCGCCUGGAACAGUCUCGCGCCAUCAAAUGCCCUUCCAUACUCGCCCACAUCCUCACCUUCAAGAAAAUCCAACAAUCCCUCGCCGUCCCCGGCGUUGUCGAGCAAUUCCUCCCCGCUGACAAAGUAGCCGCUGUACGAAAAACCUUCGUCCCCAUGUAUCCCCUGGAUACCUCAGAGACAGGCCUGCACGCCCGCAGUCUAGCCACCGAUCCUGACCGGUCGGAGAACUAUAUCCUGAAGCCCUCGCUGGAAGGCGGAGGCCAUAAUGUCUUCGGGGCUGAUAUCCCGGCCUUUCUGGCCACCGUUCCGCCGGAGGCCUGGAGCGCGUAUGUGCUCAUGCAGCGGAUUGCGUCGCCUCUUGUGGGGAAUAUGCUGAAGUCGUCGCAGGGGAUUGAGGAGGCGGCGGCGGUGGUUUCGGAGUUGGGCGUUUUUGGGGCGUGUCUUUGGAGGUGUACGCGGGCUGGGGAGGGGGAGGUUUUGCGGAAUGAGACUGUGGGGUGGUCGUUGAAAACGAAGUUUGCGGAUGUGGAUGAGAUGAGUGUCGUGAAGGGGUUUGGGUGUUUUGAUACGCCGCUGUUGUGUUGACAGAGUUGGGUUUUGGGGUUGAUGUGGUUGAUGUGGAGGAUCCAUGGGCUUGGAUGAGAUAUGGGUUAUCUUACUUAUAGACGAAUGAAAUGAAUGAAAUGAAUGAAA